GGAUGAUGUAGAGAUGCCCUGAAACGUGCCUUUUUCUUCCCCAGGUUGACUCUUGCCUGUGGAGGCAUUGCCAUGAAUUCAGUGGAGGACCUCUCGGUAGACUGUCUGGGACACGCGGGCCUUGUCUACGAAUACACGCUGGGUGAGGAGAAAUUCACUUUCAUUGAGAAGUGCGACAACCCCCGUUCGGUGACUCUGUUGAUCAAAGGCCCAAACAAGCACACGCUGACGCAGAUCAAGGAUGCUGUUCGGGAUGGACUGCGUGCUGUCAAAAACGCCAUAGAGGACGGUUGCGUAGUUCCAGGCGCUGGGGCCCUGGAGGUGGCCAUUGCCGAUGCUCUUGUGAAACAUAAGGCCACCAUCAAAGGAAGGGCCCAGCUGGGGGUGCAGGCUUUCGCCGAUGCCUUGCUCAUCAUUCCUAAGGUAUAGCAACCCUUUUGGGGGAAGGUGAUUUGAUUU